UGCAGGCGCGCUGUUUCAAGCCUGCACAGGUGCUUAUAUCUAAUCAGGUACCCACCCACCUGCGCCCGCCCGCCCGGCUCGUCGCUCCCUCACCACGCCCUCUCCCAGCCCAGCCCAUUGUCGACAGCUCGACAGCAUUCCAAGGCUGGCAGCCCGUCAGCCCGUCCCCACACGCCGCCGCUGGUGCGCACUGAUGCCAGUCAAGCCAGUGUCACUUGCGACACAGGCACACAGAUCGUCACCCGCACCAUUGAGGCGCCACUGGCCCACUGGUCGUCCAGAGACCUGCUAGGCACGGCAUAAUCUUAAAUUCUUAUUUCCACAACCAAGGUCAACCCCCCGACCACUCCCUCCAGUCUCUCCGCGUGCGACUCGACCGGCACCCCGUCGGCCAUCCAGCCGCCCAAUCACGCCACCCGGACUCCGUCCAGGUAACCUUGGCAGUGGGGCCCUCAGGCUCCUGCCACUAAAAACAAGCAAGGCGCUUCCUGUUGCACUGUACCUUUCCUCCCAGCCUUCCCGCGGCCCCCCCCCCCCAACGCACCGGGCAAGCACUCUCUCCCACCGCCUUGCUCAGGCCAAAAGCACGCCUCUAUUCCACCCCGUUGUCCAGCAGUACAAUCGAGCCAGACUGUCAAUUGGAAGGGCUGUCCUGCGCUUAUCCCAGUGGCGAAAACCCGGCUGGGAGGUAGAACCAGUCGACUAUAAUCCCAUUGUCAACGAACCCCGGGCCGAGGCCACACGGUCAUCACGCCGUCCACCCGCCACUGCGACAUCUCCUGCUUGUUCCCUCCCAGGACCUGCCGCCGGGCCAAUCGACCACACCCAUCGCAUCGUGGUCGCGACAGCUUCCCAUCCCACUGCCAACUCGCCCUCCUGGCUGACCAGACCCGACAGCCGGCGCAAUGGGUUCAACACAGUUUGGGAACUUCGGCAACUUCUGCCGCGACUCCACCCUCCCCGUCUGCAACUUGCUCAGCACUCGCCACGACCAGACCGGAGGAUGGGGCGGAUGCGAACUCACGGGCAUCCCCUUAAGCGGCGGGAGGAGGCUCGGAAACCUGGGCUCGAUACUGCUGUGUGCUGUCGCCAUCGCCACCGCCAUCUACCUCAUCCUGCGCUCCGAGCGCAAAAAAGCCGCCGUUGGGAGAAGGGAAAUGCAAUUGUUCCUCGUCGGCUACAUCGUAAUGUCGAUUUGCGAAAUCUUCACCGUUGGAGAAUUCCCGCUAAGCUCGACGGUUCGGAUAGCCUUCACCGGCAUCCACAUCGGCUUCAUAAUUGCGACUACCUGGAUGCUAAUGCUCAACGCCGUUGUCGGGUACCAGUUCAUCGAUGAUGGCACGCCGCUGUCGCUCGGCCUAAUUCUGGUGUCGGCGGCCAUACUACUGAUUGGCACCGGCUACAUUGCCCUCGACACGGGAUUCAGCUGGACGGGCAAGUUCGACUCGAGCUACGAGGGCCCCAACUUCCGAAACAUCGCGCUGUACGUGCUCUACCAGCUGGCGCCGCUCAUCUUCCUUGUCGCCUUCUACGUCCUCGAAACCGUCCUGGUCUUGCGAGUGCUCGGCGAGACAAGGCCCAUGGUCUACCUUACCCUGGCCGCCAUCCUCUUCGCCCUCGGCCAAAUCUUUAAUUACGCCAUAAGCCCGCACAUCUGCAACGGCACCGACGGCAAGAUCGAUGGGGCCCUGUUCCAGACACUCUUUACCCUGCUGUCGGUGGUCAUGGUUUGGGUUUUCUGGUCCUCCAUCACCGAAGACGACUGGCCCAUGCCUGUGGGAAAUUACCCAUAGAAAAAGUUGUUGUGAUGUGACCGAGCCGGACCCGUUGGGCGAAACAUCACUCACCUAAUAAUAAUGUCGAAAUGAGUUUCUUUUAGAUAGCACAUGACUGCAGCAUACCCAUAAUGAAAUUUGGCGUUAGCAUUUGAAGUUACCUACCGGUCAGCAGUAUACAAAGGAGCGGUCUAAACCCGAAACUUGUUGUAUGUUAUGAGAUGUCUUCACAGUGUUGCGCCGGCACCGCCUUCAGGAUGGUCCCAUGCUCAGGGAGCCUGGAAGACUAGGAGGAGUGGCGGCUCCGCCACGGGAGAGGGCCUGAAAUUACUGCCAGCAAAUCAAGUGCACACACUGAUGAUGAGCUGAUCGAUCAAUUCCAUGCGAGUUUAUAUCUGCUAUGAUACGUGCGUGGUUUGACGAGAGGACCACCGAGGCAGCGCGGUAUGUGGCAAUUGUCACAAUGUUGCGGGAGUCGAAGAAACUGAGUCUAUCUUCCAUUUUUGUAGUCUUACGCCGUCUGAGUAGACAAGAAAUCC